AUGAUGUUAGCCUUGAUCGGUAAUGUCAAAGAGAGUGCCGAAACCCCUACACCACCUAAGGGCUCACCUCAUGGAUGGGACGAAAGGAAUGGCCACCUUGGUGCAGUGUGGCAGGCGAUGCCCCCUGAAGACCAAUUGUUUUUUGACGCGAGGAUUUUCCGACAUUUUUCUAAAAUACCAAUACCCUACGACGGAGAAGACGAAGAAGAAGAUGAGCCCAACAAUAACUCACCUACCCAAAUCCUGUCUCCUGAAGAAGAGGCGUAUUUUGAACCAACAUAUAAUGAACUGGUCAAUCACGAAAAGGUAGCCAUGGUCCUCCAACGGGCGAUUGAAGAUGGUGGUCGAUCUGAAAUAGAAAAUCAAGUGUCGUGCCACAUCACUCGUAUAAAUUCAGCGGUCAGCCAUAUUCCUGUCCAACUCCACAUUAACAUAUGGCUCAUGAAGAAAGGUGAAUAUCAGCUUUAUACCGUAUCCACAGCCUACAACUUGACGUACUACCUCCUCACUGCCACACGAUUCCCUGGGACUGGCAGUUUUUGCCGCGAGUUGUCAAACGAUCCUACAUGGCUCCAAGUCGUGAGCGAUCAAUGGACCGCCAAGGCGGUGUUCAAAGCUUACAGCCAAGGAAGACGAAUUCAACAAGUUGUUGAAGACCUCACUGGCACAGGGGAUGAAGAAUCUUCUGUUGGAAAACCAUCGGACAUUGUACGGACCAAUUUACGGCACAAACUGAACCAAUUACUAGGUGAAGCUCUUGGGGUUGAUAAUGUUGUCUUUCCAAAACAAAAAGACCCAGUGGGCAGGUUAGCUAGAAUGUAUCCAUACCUGACUGUUGUCCAGACCGAAGAAGCUACCCUCACCGUACAAGAAUUAGAUAUGGGAGCUGAUCAUAUCCUCACCAGCAUUCGACGCAAAUGGCUUAAAGAUAUUGAGACUGGGGCUUUCCAGAUAGUUCAUGAAUAA